GUUAAUAUUUAACAGGAACCUGAACAAGCUACAUUUUCUCCUUGCUACCCAUUUCAUUCGAUGGAAGACCAAAGGAAACAAUGGUUACCAUUUUACACUAUACUCUUCAUGACAUUGGGACAUCUUAUCACAUCGUCUCCUCCACCAACAGCAGCACCACUCUUUCAUAGGUCUUUUGUCCUGUUAUGGAAUGCUCCUGUUUCCAAAUGCCAACAAAUGAAGAUCCCUCUAGAUUUAUCGAUGUUCCAGGUGGUCACCACACCUUCCAGGGUGCGCAAUCAAUCCCUGACGCUGUUCUACAAAAAUCGACUUGGGCUUUACCCCUAUGUAGACCUCCACUCCUUGAAGGAGAAUAACGGUGGCAUCCCACAAAGGGGCAACCUGUCUGCUAGUUUGGAGAAAGCUAAGGAAGAGUUUACCCAAUACAUUCUGGACUCAACUGCUGGUCUGGCUGUCAUGGAUUGGGAAGAGUGGCUUCCAACGUUUGACCAGAAUUUGGACAUCAGGGAGAUAUAUAAAGAACUGUCCAUCAAUUACACCCUGGAGCAGAACGCUUCUCUCAAUCUGCAACAAGCAAGCAGCGAAGCCAAACGACAAUUCCAGAAGGAAGCCAGAUGUUUCAUGGAGGAAACUCUGAAGAUAGGAAUCUAUCAUCGACCUUGGUACCUGUGGGGCUACUACUUGUACCCAGACUGCUAUAACUAUGACUUUGAAGAGUCAAACUACACAGGUACUUGUUCAGAGAAGACAAAACAGUUGAACAACGAGCUGCUGUGGCUGUGGGAGGUUAGCACUGCCCUUUACCCCUCAGCAUACCUGCCGGUCUCUGUGAGUGGAAGCAGGAGUGCUGCACUGUUCGUACGUCACCAGGUGCAAGAGGCAAUGAGAGUGGCAGCCCUGCCAAAACACAAACACACUGCACCGGUCUACGUUUACCUACGGCCUCUCCUAAGAGACCAAAAGGAGCUUUACAUGAAUGAGGUUGACUUGGUCAGCAGUAUUGGAGAGAGUGCAGCUCUGGGGGCUUCUGGGGCUGUGCUGUGGGGGGCUAGUGCUGAUUACAACGACAAGACCUCGUGUGAAGCCUUGUCUGCAUACCUGUCAGACACUUUAAACCCCUAUAUCGCCAAUGUCACCUUUGCAGCCCAUUUAUGCAGCAAGAGUCUCUGUCAAGGGAAUGGACGUUGUGUCCGCAAAAACUACAACUCGGAUGAUUACCUGCACAUUAGUUCAGAAAGCCACCAAAUUCAUAGGAAAGAUGGGAAAUAUGUGGUCACAGGUAGCCCUUCCCCCAGUGAUAUCACUUACUGGGAAAAUAAAUUUACCUGUCAGUGCUAUGAAGACAGAAAGUGCACAGCUACGAUACCUUCUUUCUAACAGAAAAUGUUCUAGAAUAAGCAGACAAAUUGAGUGUAUUUGAAACGAGUAUCAUUCAUUUAGUUACUUUAUAAUUUGGCAGAUAUGACAUGAGCAUAAAGUAUGUCAGAAGCUGUCUUUACUAAAAAGUGACUGAAUAUAACAUGCAAUAAAAAAUUAGCUUUGA